AUGGACGGGAAAGCCUCUCCGACCACUGCAUCACCCAGCAGUGUGCGUCCCAGCCUCCAUGCCUCUGCAGUCAGCAACAUCUUCAGCGCCCGACCCCUGAAGCCUCAAGAAAGCGUCCUUGGCAUUAGCUUCAAGCCCUACAGCCCGGAGUCCACCCCAGCCGUGGCCCCCUGCACGGCCUGUGAGAGCACACGUAAAGGAUCCUCCAUGUUCAGAUCUCCCUGCAUGAGCCAGCGGCGGCUUUUGCUCAUCUUCUGCGUCUCCAUCCUCAUCGUGCUGCUCGUUGCCCUCAUCCUGCUGUUUAUGUUCUGGCGCUCACAGACGGGCAUCGUGUACAAGGAACCUGCCGAAAGCUGCAAGGACAGCCCCGUGCGCUGCGACGGCAUCGUCGACUGCUCCCAGAGGAGUGAUGAGCUGGGCUGUGUGCGCUUCGCAUCCGACGAGUCCUUGCUCCACGUCUACUCCAGCACUGAGAGCCAGUGGCUGCCGGUUGGCAGCAGUGCCUGGGAUGAAUCCUUCUCAGGGAAGACCUGCCAGCAGCUGGGAUUUCAGAAUGCAUCACAGACUGAAUACAUUCCCCUACACAUCUCCGGUAAGAGCCUCACGGUGACCAAUGAGCAAGAGACCAUCCAGCAGAGCCUCAACAGCUCGCAGUGUCUCACGGGAAAGUACGUCUCCCUGCGAUGCACAACAUGUGGGCAGAGGAUUUCUGGCCGGAUCAUCGGAGGAAAGGAAACCUCUGUGAGCAAAUGGCCCUGGCAAGUCAGUGUGCAGUACGGGCCCGUCCACAUCUGCGGUGGCACCAUCAUCGAUGCGCAGUGGGUCCUCACUGCAGCCCAUUGCUUCUUCAUGAACAGCAUGAAGAUCCUCGAUGACUGGAAGGUGUAUGGUGGGGUCUCAGACCUAAAGCAGCAAGCAGAGGCCAUCCCUGUCUCCCAGGUCAUCAUCAACUCCAACUACAGUGAUGAUCAUGAUGACUACGACAUCGCUCUCAUGAAGCUCUCCAGGCCGCUGACGCUCUCAGCUCAGGUUCGCCCAGCCUGCCUCCCCAUGUACGGCCAGCGAUUCCAGACCGGCAGGUCCUGCUUCAUCACCGGCUUUGGGAAGACCAGGGAGAAUGAAGAUAACACGUCCCCAAAGCUGCGGGAGGCUGAGGUGAAGCUGAUUGACUACAAGAUCUGCAACAGCGACAAGGUGUACGAGGGCUACCUGACCCCACGGAUGAUGUGUGCUGGGUAUCUGCAGGGAGGGAAGGAUGCGUGCCAGGGUGACAGUGGAGGACCCCUGGUCUGCGAGGACAAUGGCCGCUGGUAUGUGGCUGGGGUGACGAGCUGGGGGACAGGAUGUGGCCAGAAAAAAAAAUACACGCGGGUGACAAAGCUCCUCGACUGGAUAUACAGCAAAAUGGAGAGUGAGAAUGACUAA